GUCUGACACUAUCCCAUCUUCAAAUACCGAAGCCGAUUUCAAACUCCAAUACUCCCUGGUUUCUUCCUUUCUUCUUCAUGGAUCUAAUUAGGGUUUUGGAUGUUUGAUUGAAGUGCCAGCUUCUUUAAUUUCUUCCAAAAUAUAGCCUAGCCUUGACAUGUCGAAGGAAACCUCUACCUCUCGACUUGCGGCUCGAAACGUUUCGAAGGGAACGCAAUCCGAAACAAACGAAAACGGAUUCGAAACCUUGCUGAAUCCGGUUCAUUUUCCACCCCCCAGAACUCCUCUGAAUACAAUUCAUGAUCCAUCUCAGUACCAAACGGAUCCACAAGGUCCCGAUUUUGAUACUCAUCACAAGUUCGAAGCCAGUCGAGGAGGUCGAUCAUCGGACAGGAAGCUUGAAGGUGUAGAGAAGUUUGGCAAUGCGGGCCUCAGUUACGGGACUCCCAGGGUGUCAGGUCGCGCAGGGACGAAGGCGCAGUCGGAGCCGAACUCGGCGCAGACCACUCCGGUGAAGAGUGUUUCAAGGGCUUCAAUUGGUGGUGCAACAGGAGCACCUACUUCAAUCAGAGCUCCUCCAUUGUACGCUGGGGGGAAAGGAGGAAGUUUCUCUAGGGUUUCCAGAGGGAUUUCGGUCGCGAAUUCUGAACUUCCAGGGGACGUUCAGGAUUUUGAGCUGGUAGAAGAUCCGUCGUUCUGGGCGGAUCACAAUGUACAGGUGCUGAUAAGAAUUCGGCCAUUGAGUGCUCCAGAGAGGGUUUCUCAAGGUUAUGGUCGAUGCCUGAGGCAGGAUAGUGCACGGACCUUGGUGUGGCUUGGUCAUCCUGAAACCAGAUUUACCUUUGAUCAUAUCGCAUGCGAGACCAUAUCACAGGAAACCCUGUUCAGGGUUGCUGGAUUGCCCAUGGUGGAGAAUUGCAUGUCUGGUUAUAAUAGCUGCAUGUUUGCAUAUGGUCAGACAGGAAGUGGCAAAACAUAUACUAUGAUGGGUGAGAUAUAUGAGAUGGAAGGAAGGCUCAAUGAAGAUAGUGGGAUAACUCCACGCAUUUUUGAAUAUUUAUUUACAAGAAUUAGGGUGGAGGAAGAGAGCAGGAAGGAUGAAAAGCUGAAGUAUAGCUGCAAAUGUUCCUUUCUAGAGAUUUACAAUGAGCAGAUAACAGAUCUUUUGGAGCCCUCAUCAACUAAUCUACAGCUGAGAGAAGACUUGAAGAAAGGGGUAUAUGUUGAAAACCUCACGGAGCAUAAUGUGAGGACAGUCAAUGAUGUUGUCAAACUUCUGUUACAGGGUGCUGCAAACAGGAAAAUGGCGGCAACUCAUAUGAACAGUGAGAGCAGCCGCUCCCACAGUGUUUUUACCUGUAUCGUUGAAAGCAGCUGGGAGAAAGAUUCCAUGACUCACUUCAGAUUUGCAAGGUUAAACUUAGUAGAUCUAGCUGGUUCUGAAAGGCAGAAAAGCUCUGGUGCAGAGGGAGAUCGUUUGAAAGAAGCAGCAAAUAUAAACAAAUCUUUGUCAACUCUUGGCUUAGUGAUAAUGUCUUUAGUGGAUUUAGCACAUGGGAAACAUAGACAUGUGCCCUACAGAGACUCAAGGCUCACAUUUCUACUUCAGGAUUCUUUGGGAGGAAACUCAAAGACAACGAUCAUUGCAAAUGUCAGCCCAUCUAUUUGCUCUGCAAAUGAAACACUUAGCACUCUGAAGUUUGCACAGCGUGCCAAACUUAUUCAGAACAAUGCUAAAGUGAAUGAAGAUGCUUCAGGUGAUGUAACUGCACUGCAGCGGCAAAUCCAACAGUUGAAGGGCCAGUUAUCCAUUUUGAUGAAGUAUAAUAACCUUACAAGGUCUAUCUCAAGUUAUAUUCCAGCUGCUGAAGAAUCUGGACUGAAUGACUUGUCUGAGGGAUAUGACUCUUCAGGAGAGAGAAAGCCAACUGGUAAUCAUAAGAUACGUAGACUCCCAAGCACGAAGAUAAAUCACAUGGAAGCUAAUUUAGUUGGUGCUAUGAGGAGAGAAAAAAUGGCAGAGAUAGCAGUUCGGAAGCUAGAGGCUGAAAUUGAACAUGUGAACCUCUUGGCUUGCCAAAGGGAAGAGGAUGCUCAGAACACUAAAAUGAUGCUACGGUUUCGUGAAGAGAAAAUUAAACAACUUGAACUGCUUGUGAAUGACAGUCUGUCUUCCGAGAAGUAUCUCAUGGAAGAAAAUAAGGCUCUACUGGAAGAGAUUCAGAUGCUUCGGGCAAGGAUUGAUAAAAAUCCAGAAUUGACCCAAUUUGCUCUGGAGAAUAUCAGACUACAAGAGCAACUCCAGCUGUUCCAAAAUUUUCAUGAACAAGGAGAGCGAGAAACAUUGCUGGCUGAAGUUUCAGAAUUGCGCAAUCAGCUUCUGGAAACACUUGAAGGAAAGCUCACAUUCCCUGCAAGAAAUGACAAUCAGGAUAAUGACACCAUAAAAGAGUUGGAAGAUUCCAGGAAUAUGAAUUUCAAACUGAUUAGGGAAGUAGAUGAAUUACGAACAGAACUGAGAAAAUAUUUGAACUGCAGUCAAGCUGCGUCUACCUCUGCUACAGAUUCUUUCUCCAAGAAUUCUGAGGAGUUUAGGCAAACGGAUAAUUAUUUAUUGGUAGAAAGCAUAUAUAGCCAUAGUGAAUCUGGUGAUGAGGUGGCAUCUAGUACCCAGGCAGAUGAUGAGGUUCGAAAGAAUAGAAUUGACCAGAAUAUUGAUGAUUCUUCAUUGUCACACUCCAAUGAUCCUCAAAAAGAGUUGAUGGAUGCUAGAUUGUUGGUUGAAGCAAUGGAGUUGGAGCAGGUCCAUCUAAUUACCGAGCUGCAGCAUAUACAGGAGGAGAAUCAAAGACUCAUGGGAAUGGUAAGCAAGAAGGACAAGGUAGAUAAACAAACAGUACUGGAACCUCAGAGUCGUUUCCUGAAAUUAGGUAAUCUGGAAACUCAAAACAUGGGCUUGCUGGCGGAGGGAAAUGAAGAAAUUGACCAGAAGGCUUUGCAAUACAAGUUGGACAAAAUGAGUAAGGAUCUUGAGGAGGUCAGAUUGCUUAAUAACCAGUAUCAAGAGGAUCAGGUGUCCCAGUUAUCUCAGCAACACCAAAUUCAACUGGUAUGUGAACAGGUUGAAAUGGAGACGAGCAGAACAAUUAUUCAUUUACAGGAAGAUGUUGCUGCUAUUCAGUUAGAACUCAAUCAAAAGCUAUGUGACAUGACUCAAGAAAAUACAAGACUAAGAAACAUAAUAGCAGCCAAGGAGGAGGAAAUAAAGGUACUUUGUAUGGAAUGGGAAAGGGCAACUCUGGAACUAACAAGCUUCCUUGUAGAUGGUUCUAAAUCCCUCAAAGAUGCGUCUGGCCAGAUCGAAGGUAUUGCUUGCUCAUUUCCAAAGGCUAGUUGUAUUAGUGAACACAUAGAGAGGGCUGCCAGAGUUUGCGUGGAUAAGGAAGAAAGUAUUCUACUCUUAGAAAAGAGCUUGGAAGAUGCACAGACGAUGGUGAUGGAAAUGGAGCUGAAAUUAAGUUCCUUGAAGGAAGCAACAAUAGCUUUAAAAGAAUUCCAGCAACUAGAUAUUGACAAAAGUACUGAAGAGGCAACACAAUUAAGCAAGCUCAUGAAUGGGAACACCAACAUGGUAAAGACGGAAGAUUGUAAAUGCAAAAUAAAAAUUGAUCAGCUUACUGAAGCAGAAAAAUGUGUUAAUUCUGGUUUUGUAGCAGUAAAAAGGAUUUGUGAUUGUCACAAGGUUGCUCAGGUAAAUAAUGUUGAGAAAGACAUUAUAAUCCCAAAGCUCAUCGAUGUGGGCAACCAUAAGAUUUCUGAGAUGACGACUGAUGCUGAUGUUUUGGCACUGGAGUGUUUGAAAUAUCAAGUGAAGUUGACCAGAUUUGGGGUUUUGGAGUCUGAAAAUGCUAUUAAUGAACUCUAUACAGAUGUAGAAACCCAUUUAAAAGCCCUCCAAUUUGAUGUCUGUGAAGUUUGUUCUGCAUACAAAGAGUUGGUUCAGGAGUUAAUGAAAGAGAGUCAUGAGAUGAAGAAAAUAUGUAUGGAAUUGAGAGAGAAUCAUAAGAAUUCUCAGUUCUGCAAUGUUGAAUUACUGUCAAUGGAACCUCCAAAAUUUAUGAAAUUUGGAAAUGAGAAUCCAAUGCUGAAUCAGAUAAGAGACAAACUUGCUGAAACAAAUGACAUACUGAAACUCAUUAAAGAUUGCAUCAAAACAAAAGUAAAUGAGUUUGAGUGCCUCUCUGAGGAGGAAGACUUAAUGGAAGCGGAUACAUGGAUUUCUGAUUGUUCCAUGAUUGACUCUGAUGUUUCAAGUGAAAGUGUUGCUUCAGUAAUUAAAUCGGAUGGCAGCUCAUAUACUUUCCAGCCCAGGUUUCCUGCAGGGGUAAACAUGAUGGACCUUCAAGUUGAAGGAGGCUUGGUAGUUCAGUCUGAUGAUCAAGAAUCAGAAAAGUCAAUUAAGCUUCUAAAAGGUUCGAAAAUACAGAGUGAAGCAACAAGAUUAUGCCUGAGAAAGGAAUUAGAAAUGGCAUUCCAUAUUUUCAGUAAACUAUAUGUUCAGUUAAGCACACUGCUCAGCAAGUCAGAUGUUGGAGAUUUUUCUUGCUCAGAAGAAUUGAAGCAAGUUGUUCCAUCUAUUGAGUAUGGAAUUGAGAAAGCUGAAGCAGGCUGCUAUAAUAUAAGAGAGGUAGUUGCUGAUGAGAAAAUUAAUCAUGCUAGUAGCCUCUUAACCAAGUUUGAGGAAGCCGGUGCAACAAUGAGAGAAGCUGAUUUGAUGUUAAAUGCUUUGCUGAAAGCAAAUGAAAGUGCAAAACAGUUGACUGGUAUGUGGAAGCAAGCUGGUGAGGAUUUGAUGGUAGAGAGAGCAAGCUUGAUUGAAGAAGUCAAACAACUUAAGUCAUCAAUACGUUUGAAAGAAGAGGAGAACAAAUCACUGCAGGAUCAAAUCCAGUAUGGUCUGGCAGAGAUGGCAAACUCAUUAUCAUUGCUUGAAGGGUGCUUUGUGCAAAUGCAAAAGGUUGUAGAUGAGAGCUUCAGCGUAAUAUAUUCUGAUGCCUUAUCUCUGGGACAGGAGAUGCUUUGCUUAGUGAGCAACUCCAGAUCAUCAGUAGAAGAUAUUUGCACUGAGAUAAUGGAGAAAGGAUUCGCUUUCUUUGUGCUAUAUCAGUGCCACACAGUGGAGUUUAUCAGGAAACUCCCAUGCUUGCUUGGACAACCUGGUUUGUGUGCAUUCAGACAUCAAGAAUACCGUCCGGUAAUAAAGUUAGAAAAUAUGUGCUCAAGUGAUGAGGAUGAUGUCAUUGUUCCUUGUAAGAAAGUCAUGGGGGAAGGAGAUCAAUGUGAAUUAGUGAGAAAGGUUGGGGGGGGACAACUGGGGUUAUCCAGUGAUAACCUAAUCUAUGAAAACAUGGCACUUAAGAAAGAAUUGGAACGAAAAGAAGUUUUAUUAGAAGGUUUGCUUUUUGAUUUCAGCUUGUUGCAGGAAUCCGCCUCCAAUACAAAGGACAUCAAAGAUGAAACUGAAAAGCUAAUAUUUUCAUUACGCCAAGUUCGACAUGAGCUAGAGAUGAAAACAAGUCAGCUUGAUGACGUGUUGGUUCAAUAUAGAAAACUUGAAGGUCAUUUAGCUGAUACCGAAAAGGCUUUGGUUAUUUCAAAUUCUGAUCUUGAGCAGGCUAAAGAAACAAUAGCCAGUUACUCGGACCAAAACACUGAGUUGAAGGUUCUAUUAAAAGAUAUCUAUCUCCAAAAAUCUGAAACAGAAGAGCUAUUGGAUGAACAGAAGGAGGUGGUCAAAGGUUUGGAGAAAGAAAUUCUUCAUUUAACAUCUUCAGUUUCUUUAUGUAAAGGCAUUGAAGAUGAAUUGAGGAGGGUUGCCAGUGAAAGAGACCAACUCCAUGAAGAAGUUCAAUCCUUGAACGCUACACUAGAGAUGGCUUAUGCUUUGGUUGAUGAAAAGGAAGCUGUCGCUGUUGAAUGUCAACAGGAGACAGAGGCAAGUAAAAUGUAUGCUGAACAAAAGGAAGAGGAGGUGAAGAUUUUAGAACAUUCUGUAGAGGAGCUUGAGUGCACCAUAAAUGUAUUGGAGAAAAAGGUGGAUGAAAUGAAUGAAGAGGUAGAAAGGCAUCGAGUGAUCCGAGAUUCUCUAGAACUGGAACUCCAAGUUUUGAGACAGAUGUUGUCUUCAGUUGAAAAUUUCACUGAGAAUGCGGAUUCUGGAAACUCUGUUACUCAACAACCUGAAUCUAUGCACCUGCAAGGUAGAUUACUGGAAUUUCAUGAGGCGCAGAAUCGAAUAAAACUUCUUGAAGAGGAAAAACUAGAACAGGAUAAAGAGAUCAAACAAUGCAAAGAGUACAUCUCCGAGCUUGUCCUGCACGCUGAAGCCCAGGCAUCACAAUACCAACAAAAGUACAAGACUCUGGAGGCGAUGGUUAAUGAAGUAAAAACCGAUUUAUCAUAUUCAACAUCAAGUGCUCUUACAUUAGAUAAAACUGAGAGAAUCUCAACGAGGACAAGGGGCUCCAGCUCACCAUUCAGAUGCAUUUCAAAUUUGGUUCAGCAAAUGAAUUUGGAGAAGGAUCAGGAAUUGUCAGUGGCCAGGAUUCGUAUAGAGGAGCUUAAAGCAUUGGCGGCAAGUCGGCAAAAAGAGGUAUGCAUGUUGAAUACAAGGCUUGCUGCAGCAGAAAGCAUGACACAUGAUGUCAUCCGAGAUUUACUUGGGGUGAAAUUGGACAUGACUAACUAUGCAAACUUAAUAGACCAGUAUCAGGUCCAAAAGUUAGUGGUGGAGGCUCAACAGAAAACAGAAGAGUUUGUGGCAAAGGAGCAAGAAGUUCUCAAGUUGAGAAAGCAAAUUAAUGAUUUACUUGAGGAAAGAGAAAGUUGCAUAUCGGAAGUAAAUAGGAAGGAAGCAGAUGUACUUGCAGUUCAGAUGACUGUAGAGCAACUCCUAGAGCGGGAUCAAUUGCUCUCUGCACAGAAUGAGAUGCUGAAGAUGGAUAAGACCAACCUAAAGAGGAGGGUCACCGAACUGGAUGACAUGGUAAAAGCACUUCUUGGAGCACCGAGUAUGAAACAACAAACUCAAAAAACCAAGGACAACAGCUCAUCGAAACUGGGACUGAGUGAUGCUGAUUUCACUAAGAGGCUGGCACAUUCUGAAAGACGUCUUUCCCACGUGAAUGAUGAACUUGCUCAGUAUCGGCGAUCUAGUGGCAGUCAUCCAAAUGACAGGACUUAUGGACAUGGCUCGGAAACAAAAAAUAGGCGAUAGGCGAGUCAUCUCUUGAGGAUGGUGUCUGAAAGCAAAGCCCAGUUGCCAUGAUACAAGCGAACAUCACAUUUCCACGCGAACUCCGAGGCAGACUAAUCUAAAGUUGUAAAUUAGUUUUAUCUUUAUCUUCGAUAUUUUUGGUGAGCCUCAGUUUGUGAUUCAAUUGUUUUGGUCUAUUUGAGGUGCAGAAUAAGUUGGCUUUGGACUACAUAAAUCACGUUCCAUUCAAUGUACAUAUUAUAUUUGUAUAUUUUUGGUUGGCAAUUCAAAGUCCGGAAACAAGUUUCCUCUUUUUGGUGCC